UCUCUUGGUCCAGUAGUUGCAUGUUACUAUGCGCUUGCAAAAUCUGUCAAAGCCCUACUCCCCUUGCCAUCAGGAGCAACGCUAACUCCAACCCUGUUUGUCGAUUAUUUGUCGCAUUGGAUUGGUUACGCGGCGAUAAUUCAGUGCUCAACUCAGCUAACCACUGCCCUGCUGUUCUGUAAAACAAAGCUAGCGGAAAAUAGUUUGCUGCUGUUAUAGUCUAAGUCGAUAAAGUCAUUUAUGAUUUUUACCUUGUUUUGCGACGCGCUUUUACGUUUCUUCCAACACCAGCUGGUUUACAGAAAGAGCACGAUGUUAUUUAACGUGCUAUGGUCGAACGGAGCCUUUGGCAGAGCUCGUGCCAACCUUUCACGCGGGCACAGCGAUGCAAUUCAGUUUCACUUUCAGGACGGGCACACUCCACGCACAACUGGGACAUGACUGCAAAAUCUGUAUCCUUUGCGAUUCUGCAGCGUUUGUGUGUGUAGUUUGUUCCCUGUGCUGCGUUAGGGCAGCAUCCCUCUGAGUGUGGGAGACCAUGGAGCAGCUAGAAGAGGAACUUACGUGCCCUAUCUGCUGCGGACUCUUCGAGGACCCGCGGGUUUUGCUGUGCUCACACAGCUUUUGCAAGAAGUGCUUGGAGGGACUCUUGGAGGGGAACCGAGGUCCAGCUUACAGAACACCUUUCAAAUGCCCCACAUGCCGCAAAGAGACGCCUCACAACGGCGCGAACAGCCUGCAGAUCAACUACUCUCUACGCGGAAUAGUGGAGAAGUACAGCAAAAUAAGGGUUAUGCCGAAACUGUCAAUCUGUAAACAACACUAUAGCCAGCCUCUAAACAUAUUUUGCGCCACGGAUUUAAAUCUAAUUUGUGGGUUUUGUGCAACAACAGAUAACCACAAAGGGCAUAAAUUCUGCUCCUUGGAGGAUGCGUAUGAAGGAGAGAAGGAGGCGUUUGAGGUGCUGCUUCGCGGGUUGGAGAGCUGGCAGAGCGCAGAUGUCCUGUCCUGCCUGGAGACACUACAAGCCAGUAAGAAAAAGGCGCUUCAGUCAGUGACCAAGGACGCAGAGAAGGUAACCGACUAUUUCGACAAACUUAUCAGUACCAUUGAAUGCAAAAAGAACGAGAUCCUCUCGGAUUUUGAAACACUGAAGCUGGUGGUGAUGCAAGCAUACGACCCGGAGAUUGCCAAACUGAGCGCAGCGAUGGAGGAGCACAGACGGGCGCUCAGCAUCGCGGAGUCUUUCAAGAAUAUCGUCGACCCCCUGUGCUUUCUGCAGCAGAUGCAGGAGUUUCGGGAGAAGUUGAAGGUCCUUAAGGAGACUCCCCUGACCUCUCGGAAAGACACGGACGUCGGUCCCCUUGUGCGCAAUUUUGACGUUAAAAAGUGGGACUCGCUGAGGCUUCGAGAAGUGGACAAGAUCGCUGUCCCCCACGAGAGUGGCUCCUACCGAACGGGAGGUUCCCGGAUGGCAGCGCCAAGAUGGAUCACCUUGCUCAUGAGUGUGUUACUGUCAACACUACUCCUGCUGCAGCCGCACAACCUCGCAGCCUACGUGCCCUCGCAGGUUGAACCGCUUCUCGCGGCCGUAUGCUCGCACCUUACUCAUGCUGGUGUGUACCUGCGGGGAAUGACUGACGUGUACACAAGCUUAAUGGGUGCAGGUCAGGAAUGUAUUGCGAACUUAAUUGACUCUACUGUCAGUUUUAUUGGCAGUUAUAAUUUGUUUUAAUGACUAGCCUGUGGCACCUCUGCCAUGCACUCACAGCUACAAAUUGUGAGCCAUGAGGUGCUGCUUAAACUGACAGAUACAUCGCCCCUGAUGUGGAAGCACUUGUUUACCUAAUUGUUUACCGUGUCUUUUGCUAUUGAUCCAACCUCAAUGAAGCCAUAGAAUCAAAUAUAAUCAAUUCAUAAUCCACGAUAUAUAAACGCAAUCGAUGUGCA